GAAAGAAUUGCUAGAGCUGUGGAUAACUAUCAAAGAUAUGUUGUAUGGGCUCUACUCGUGUAUAAUAAUAGCAACAAUAUUGUUUUGGAAGAAGAUACAAUUAUGGAUAAAAUUAAUCAGAGCUUCAAAGAUCUCUCUAGUGGUCUGACACUCAAAGCAUUAUCUGUGUCACCAGUUGAAUUUUGCCCGCCAGAGGAUUACCCAGUAUCAUACCAAUGGCCUCCAACAAGACCAAAUAAUACCCAGGAAAUACAUUGUCCACAAAGUCCUAUGUAUACAGCUACAAGAAAAUGUUUUUUAGGUCUCCUCAACUUUACAUCUUAUUGGGGUGAACCAGAUACAACAGACUGCACGGAUAAUGCGGACGCUUUGGCUAACCAAUUGCUAAAUAUUUCUGGCGAAGAGAUGACAGCAGAUAAAGUCGAAGAUGUUGUCCAAACACUGAUGAAAAUAGUCAAUGACGUUGAUAUCAAUGAAGAUCUAGGGAAAACGGUUGUAACUGUGUUCUCCAAUAUUCUAAGCAGCUCAAACAGUGCAUUAACAAAGGCCUCUUCCGAUGCAUUAAAAACAAUAGAAGCCUUGGCACUAAAGAUUCAAUUUUCAGGACCGUCUAUCAGCAUCGUGUCACGUAAUUUGUGUCUGGGAGUUUCCAAAGUAAAUGCUACCUCAUACAAUGGUUCAAGCUUCAGCGUGGGAGCUCAGACCAAUAGCAAUGACUUUCAGAUUGACAUGAACAAAUCUCAAGACAAUCCUUUGGCUUCAGUUGUCCUUCCAUCUAGCCUUUUGUCAGAAUUAAGUCAAAGUGAUUUCUAUACAGUUUCAAGAGCU